AUGGCUCGCUACGAUCCGUUUUCACCCACAUUUGACCAUCCUCUCAUGAAUUCCAGCCCAGACUAUGCUUCCCGCAAUGGCUCCUUCAGAUCCAGCCGUGCCAUCGGCGACUUGGGUGCUAUUACGGGCCAGAUAUCUUUUCGGGAGCGUCACAAGCGUCUCAGGAACCUUGAAGAAGACAAAAACCAGUUGAUCGAGGAUUUGAUGUACCAGCUUGAAACUGCCCAAAACCAAUUUGAUCGCCUGCAGCUUGAUCACAGCAGAGAAACUCAAUAUAACAGAGAAGGCCAGCUCCGCGAACAAGCCCUCCGAGAUCAACUGUCCGCCGUAAAGCUUGUCAUGGAUCGAAACUCCUUCAUCUCAGUGCUCCUUGACGGCGACAACAUGGUUUUCACCAAAGAAUUGUUGUCAAGAGGUGAGGAUGGUGGUAAAGAGGCGGCAAAUAUGAUUUUCGACAACGUUACAGCCUUCAUCGCCGAGCACCUCCACCACCUGGAUUCUCCCAAGAUUGUCACCAAGAUUUACGCAAACUUUAAAACGUUGUCCGAACACCUUGCCAAGCUGAAAGUCGUCGAGAAACAGGCUGUAUUCGACGAGUUCGUGCGCGGCAUGAAUAGCGCUCAGCUCCUUUUAGAUUUUGUCGAUGCCGGAACGCAACCAGAAAGUACCAGGGAAAAGGUGACUGAUCAGUUUAAAGUCAGUCUAUACGACUGUCAUUGUCACCAGGUCAUACUUGGAUGCUCCAGCAACCGCCAAUAUACCAGGCUGCUUGAAGAAACCAUAAAAGAUCCAUACGUGAGCAACCACAUCACCCUCCUGGAAGCUGCCCCCUUGGACAGAGACCUGGCCAUAUUCAAAGAGACUUUGAAAACCACCAAAUUUGAAAAUGUGUUCCGAACCACAAAACUGGCUGCCGCACCCGCCAUGCCCAAGGGUCCUCUUCAAGCUGUCACUGCAACCCUGCCCGCUCUUGCACGCGUCGAGUCCAAUGGCACAACCGGAACUGCUUCUAGUUCAAGCACCCCGGCAGUGACCUGGGCCCUCCUGACUGCCCAACCUACGCCACCAGCCUCAAAACCGCCAAGCACCACGCGAACCUCGACCCCCAAUUCACUGAAGAGUCCCGACGCUGCUCCGCCCGCAACCAAACCAUCGACAAGAACCAUUGACCGGAACCGCCACGGCCAACGCAUUGACAAAGUCGACAACUCGAUCCCCAACCAUGAGAUCCAGCGUAUCAAGAAACUCAAGCUGUGCAAUAUCUUUUACCUGCAGGGUUCCUCAUAUUGCACCACGAACAAUUGCUCCCACUCACACACCUACCCUCUGUCCAAGGCCGAGCGGAAUGUUCUGCGCGAAGUAGCGCGCAUGACACCUUGCUACUACAAGAUGGACUGCAGCGACCCGGAGUGUAUUUACGGCCAUCGUUGUCCGCAGAACAAGCCCGACGAGAAUGGAUGCUGGUACGGUGAAGACUGUAGAUUUUAUGGCUGGGGCCAUGCUAUCGAUACCAGGGUGGUAAAGACGACCAAGGUUUGA